GAGCGCACGAACAAACAGAGCUCAUCAGGAGGAAACGUGCGCUCCUGCAGGCGGACCACUCCAGUGUGUGUCCAUCAGUGCGCCGUGCUACAGCAGGGCGCUGCUCUCUGUGCGCUUUGCUCUCAGGUUAGUGUCUCUGGGAGAACUGUGGGGGAUUCCCUGCCGGAGGAUCUGACAGAAUGAAAGCACAGUGACAGCGAUCCUCUCUCUGGGUUACUACUCUCAUUUCCCACGGAAGCUUCUUCUUUCUCUGUCUUCAUCUGCUGCUCAGUCUCUCUUGGUAACCCUGGGGACACCUGUCGCGUGUCAGGCUUCAGCGAUGAGAGGACGAUGGAGCUCCAUGCCUGUACUGGUGUCUUUGAUCGUUCUGUGGCAGACACGGUCACAGGCCGUGUCCAAUACAACGACUAACUCUAAAGACAUCGCCCGCUUCACAAAGAUCCUGGACAGUCUGCUGGACGGGUACGACAACAGGCUGAGACCGGGCCUCGGAGAUCGAGUAACAGAAGUAAAGACCGACAUCUAUGUGACCAGUUUCGGUCCAGUGUCUGACACAGAUAUGGAGUACACUGUGGAUGUUUUCUUCCGUCAGAGUUGGAAGGACGAGCGAUUGAAGUUUAACGGACCGAUGAAGACUCUGCCGCUCAACAACCUGAUGGCCAGUAAGAUCUGGACCCCGGACACCUUCUUUCAUAACGGCAAGAAAUCUGUGGCUCAUAACAUGACGAUGCCCAACAAGCUGCUGCGGAUCAUGGAGGAUGGAACCCUGCUCUACACCAUGAGGUUAACAGUUCAGGCCGAGUGCCCCAUGCACCUGGAAGACUUCCCCAUGGACUCUCACUCCUGUCCUCUAAAGUUUGGCAGCUAUGCCUACACUAAGACAGAGGUGACUUACAUCUGGACUCGUAACGCCUCUCAGUCUGUGGAAGUGGCACCUGAUGGAUCCAGACUGAACCAGUACGACUUGGUGGGUCAGACCGUGGGGAAGGAGACCAUCAAAUCCAGCACAGGUGAAUACACGGUCAUGAUGGCUCACUUCCAUCUGAAGAGGAAGAUCGGAUACUUCGUCAUCCAGACGUAUCUGCCCUGCAUCAUGACGGUCAUCCUCUCACAGGUCUCCUUCUGGCUCAACAGAGAGUCCGUCCCAGCGAGGACUGUGUUUGGUGUAACCACAGUCCUCACCAUGACCACCCUGAGUAUCAGCGCCCGGAACUCACUUCCUAAAGUGGCCUACGCCACAGCCAUGGACUGGUUCAUCGCCGUGUGCUACGCCUUCGUCUUCUCCGCUCUCAUCGAGUUUGCGACCGUGAACUACUUCACCAAGAGAGGCUGGGCCUGGGAUGGGAAGAGUGUUGUCAAUGACAAGAAAAAGGAAGCAGCCAUCAUGAAGAAGAACAACGCGUACGCCGUAGCUGUCGCCAACUACGCCCCCAACAUCACCAAAGACUCCACGCUGCCGACCAUCUCCAAGUGCGCCAUGAACGACACCAACAAGAACGCGUCCGAGACGAAGCCCGAGCAGAACAAGAAAACCUUCAACAGCGUCAGUAAGAUCGACCGCAUAUCGCGCAUCAUGUUCCCCGUGCUGUUCGGGAGCUUCAACCUGGUCUACUGGGCCACCUACCUGAACAGAGAACCAGUCCUCAAAGACCAGGAUCCUGCCCAGUAAACCAUUCAGACUGGCUCCAAACGUUCAGGACUCAUUCGGGUGUUUACAUGUAUGGACAAUCCUUCUCUCUUUUCUUACUCUGUACAGCUUUGGACGGUCAGAUUUAAGUUCAGAGCUCGUAAUACCCGAGAGCAGGAUUCUUUUAGUUCAAACAAACGUCAGUGUAGCUCACAGAUUUGUGGAAAAACAAGAAGUGUUUUUAUCAUGAGGAGACGUCCAGUCUUUUCUCAUCUUGACUCCAUGUUGUGCAUGCUUUGUCGGGUGAAUGUCUCAUAGGUUCGACUGCUGGAAGCCAACGCAGCAGAUCAAAAUAUGUCCACGAAAAAAGGUCCGUCUCUGGUGAGAGCUCUUCUGCUUCUGUCACGUUGUCCGUCGACAGCUGCUUCAGGUGUUCAAGUUUGUUUUAGUUAUUAAUGUUGAAAAGCUUCAAUGAUAUACUCACAUACCUCCCCACGUCUUACAUUAGGAAGGACGUUAAACAGUGCAUCCACUAGAGGGCGCCACUGAGAGUCAAAAGUUUACAACAGAGAAUGUUUUCAUCAUGUGUCUGAUACAAGCGGCAACCUCCGGUCUUAAAAUUUGAAGCCAAUGCAGAAGUGCUAAAACUGCAGUUCAUGGAGCGUCCACUAGAGGCUGGCUGCAGAAACACCGGAAACCACAUACACACCCAUUCAAAGAGACGAUCUUUACAGCAGAAAUAAACAUGUUUACAGCCUGGUUCAAUAAACAGUUUAGAUCUGAACGGCUCAUUAUUUAUUACUCGUUAUUCUUGAAUAGGGAUGCACCAAUCCUACUUUUUAGGUCCCGAUACCGAUAUCGAUACCUGGGCUUUGGUAUCUGCCGAUACCGAUACUAGCCGAUCUGAUCCUGGUAUUUAUUUAACAAUAUUAUUCCUUAAUGUGAGGAUAGAAUCAUGUUUUGGCAACUUCAGGCUUUUCUGAAUUAAUGGUGAACUGUACCUGGGUUCCAAAUGCUAAACCAGAGGCUGGAAUCCCUUAAUUUCAAGGAUUCGGAACAAUUAAAGCCAAUAAACUGUCCGUUUUUCCACACUUUGAAUCCAUUAAUGGAAUGUUUCUUCCUUCUUUGCAGUAGGCUACAGCUGACGUAAACUUCCUCCUUUAGGCUCCCAUUAUGUUUUUCAGCGCGACUGCCAUCAGUCGAAACAUUAGCGCUGCACAUGUUGCAAGUUCCCGGCGGAGUUGUUAGCAAAAGAAGCGUGACAUGCACCUAAACUGCAGAGCCUCUGUAGUUAUCUCCAUCAUGCUCCACUGGGCAAAAAUGCACAGACCGGCCGGCGCUGAUGAUGUAGGAGACGCACUGAGAUAAUAGAUCUGCCUAUGGAUCGGCUCUAUAUAUCGGCCCCCUUGUCACCGAUAUCCGAUCUAGAUUUUUGAGUCCGAUCUAGCAGAUAUCCGAUACCAGGAUUGGAUCGGUGCAUCCCUAUUCUUGAAGAUAUAAAAGUUACAAGUUUUGCCCAAAUAAGGCGUGGCUGACUUGAUUGACCCUAUAGCUGUUAGCGAGGAGGCUAAAGGCCUGCCUCUGUACCUCGACAGAAGUUUGGUUGAGUUCAGCAUUUCACAUAUGGCUCCGCCAAAGAUCGGCUUCAGAAACAGAUGGGUGACAUCUACGGAGACUACAUCCAUUAUUAUACAAGAAACGGCCACAACACAGACAUCUUAGCUCCCGUGGCUCACUGUGCUUGCAUUGUAACACAUUAUGAUGCAGCGAGUGGGUGUGCUUGUUGAUAACAUGAGAUCGUGGAAACUUCUCUGCGCACGUCAAAAUAGUUUAUUCUGAUCAACUGCUUAAUCUGACCACUUCCUUUAGAAUCCAUGUGAACAAUUUGAUAAGGAUGAAGCAGCAUAGUGAGAAAACAAGUGCUACUAGUGGGACGUUCUUUGACCUGCUGCAUUUGCAUCAAGAAUAACUUACAGUCAUUACAGCUGCAUUGCUGAAAUAAAACCAGUUAGAGAAAAUGUAAAGUUUGACCAGAAUCAGAGGACUCCUGCAGAGACAUCCAACAUGAAGCAGGAGGGUUGCUUUUGCUUGUCAAGGGUCUGUGUUGUUGAAAAGUUUCCAUCUCUCAAGACUGUCUGUCUAUUCGUCCAAUAACUCGACUGCUUGGCUGAACCAGAGUUUGACAAAAGAGGAUUUGUUAUUGUUCAGGUUUUUGAGCUACGUAGCAACAAAGCAUCUCAGCAUGUAGCAAUAAGACAGGACCACCCACCGCCCCACCCUCCUGCAAAUUGCUGUAUUGUCUGUGGGGAUCAUGAGCGACUUCGAUGGAGGUAAAUUGAAAGAUAAACCCUCUCUAUCUUGAGGAUUGAUUGAUAAUUGUCGGUAAUAACAGUGAUUACCUGAGGAUCCUUUUCUCAUAAAUUUGUGCCUCCUUUUGCAGAACUGUGAGAUAAAACAGUGACGGUUUACGGUUAUUGGUUGAUUUUGAUUUUUGCGGGACGCCAGGCACUUAUGAAUCUUAAUAAUUUCUGCACAUUGAGUACCACUCAGUGAUUUUUUGGCUCUCUUAACAGCUUCCUCAUUAAUGAGCUUUGAUAUUGACGAGGCAUUAGGGAGGAGAAAGGCGGCGAUUGAGCGCUGAGUGGAAAAUACAGCACUGCUGGGUGUCAUCAUGUGAACGCUGAAAAUGGACCAAACCACCCGUUUGUUAUCUGAUUUCUCCUCAGUCUGUUUCAUGGAGGGCUGGAAGAGGCGCUCGCACUGCAGACUGUUUCCAUUCAGAGAAUUUACAGCAACUUCAGAAAUGAUGCAAAGUCAAAAUCAUGACAAAGAAGUUACAGAGGCACGCUGCACAGGUAGCUGCUGCAUCAGGAACAAACACACUGAAGAAGAAGAAUCCAUGAUCACGAUACUGUUCCUGCAGGCGUCCUCAGGUGUGAUGUCCAGGUGUGUCGCGUGUGUGUUUUUGACUUUGCAUCAUUAACUGUUGAUGCAUUUGCAUCGGCUUUGAGAUCCUUUCUGCCCUUGUAGCACUUUCCCAUCGUUGCAUUUAUUUUGCACUUAUGCACGUGUUUUUGAAUCUGCAUUGUUAUGGGGUGUUCACACCAAACGCAAAUAAAAUCAUUGCCUCAAGUGAAUUACAUAAAAGUCAAUGCAAAGACACGAGUAGACGCAAGUUCUUGUCGUGCAGCACGAAUGACGCAAAUUGUUUGUGCGAGUUGAAAAAAUCUGAACUCCUUUGUGCUGCGAUGACCAUCACCUUGCAGAUCCUCCGGGGACGUAUUAUGGAGGUUCAUUGAUCUGUAACAUGUGACAGGGGUUCCCAAACUUUUCAGCCCGCGACCCCCAAAAUAUAAGUGUCAAAGACUCACUGCCCCCACUGUCCCUCAAAGUGAUUUAAUGUGGCUUCAUUUAGCUGGUCUGCAGAAAAUGACCCUACUUAUAUGAGCAUGUGGCUGUGUUUACUGUGCUGUUAUGAAUUAACCUACUGCUACUGAUGCUUUGAUAAUUAACUGUUCACUAACCCUAAACUAAGGAGUCAUCUGGUAAAAAGAGAGGCAGAAAAACUCAUUACAUUUUCUAAUUUAAAGGUUUUAUUUCAGUUUAGCUACUAUUUCUGUUGAUAUUUACCCCCCAUUCAUGUCUCCGCGACCCCCGGGGGGUCCCGACCCACACUUUGAGAACCCCAGACAUAUGGAACACAACAUGAAUAACAGGAGCUCACUGUGAGGAAAGAGUGUGAGGAGGAUUAUCUGCUAAGCUGUGAAAACCCUUCGUCUGUCACUUGAUUCUAGCUAUCUUGUUUGAUGACGACAGAUUUGAGUGGUGCUUGAAGGGAACACUGUGCAUCGUGGGCAGUCGCGUGAAUUGAGCGAGUAAACACAAAAACAUUUGUGAUCACAUCAUUUGCAGCUCUUUCUCUGAAUGGAAGUCGUAUUUUUAGCUGCAGUGUGGUCGCCUCCCCUUCCACUCUAAGAAGAAAAAAACACUGACAUGUAAACAUCAGGCUAGCUGCUGUCAGGUUGGUCCACACAGCUUCACACCCAGAGCUCCAUGUAGCUUUUUUUUUACUGAUUUGCAUUUCUUCCACGAUGCUUCCCCACUCGGACUGUGUCACACUGUGGAAGAUGAUCCUGCCUGAACACAGAGACGCAGGAUUUGAUGUUUCUGUGUGUAAAUCAUUUGAACUGUAGCAGAAUUUUAAUCAGGAAAAGUAUCUUUCUGCUCCUCAUGUCAUUUACAUUUUCCACCCUUCUCUCUUUAUCUAUUCUUUCAAUCAAUCAGACGAUCAUGGACUUUAACGACAGACCGGCCUGAUCUCGAUGCAGGCUCCAUGAAUCACUCAAACUGUAGCCUUCAAACUUGAACCAUCUCCAGUUUCACUUCACCUAUGGUCUUCACUUCAGUCUGAUCUGUUCACAACGUAGCUCAACAUCCGGAGAUCAGACGCUCUGGACUGAAGUUUUAAAGAUCCAAUGGGUGACGCUGAAGAGACUUUAAAGUAUACAAAAAAAAACAGGAGCGUGUUCAGACGGGUGGAACAGACCUUUGAAAUCUGAUUGGCUGUUUGCCUUGUCAGAGGCGGGGCAUGUGUUAAUAUAUUUGGCCCUUCCUUUUCUUUAAAUGCAGUACGUUUUCUUUUAAUUUACAUUGUGACUGGACAAACAUCUGUUAAAGUCCUCAGGGAAUUAAACCUACGAAUACAACAUCCAGAUAUACUCAUUCCUAUGACCCAGCUGUUUUAAAUACUUGAUUCUGAUUGGUCCAAAGCCCUUAACAACGGGUAUUAAUUCUGAAUAGAAAAAGCAAUGUCGGUGACAUCCUGCCCACACACGUCAUGGUUCUUCUCAGAACAUGAUUUGUUGUUUUUCUCAUUUGACAUGUUUAGCCUGAACGCCGAACAGGAGUUCCCUCCCCCGCCUCUAUCACCCUGAUUUUCCCCUGUGGUUCUACCACAGGAUGUCCUUCUUUGAUUUAUAACGCAAUGAAUAACCUACUGAUGGAAUCAAGGUUAUACUUUGACCUCAAGCUCCUGGAAGCUUGUCGUCUUAUCGUCACGAGUUUAAUCAGAACCCGUCUUUACGGAAUCGUUUAUCACCCAGCACUCAGCUUCCUCCAUCCAGACCUCCUACCACUUGUUUUCAUCCCUUCAUCAUCACCACCACCACCAGAGUCUGUUGAAGCCAUCAUUCACCCGUUCAUAUGAAGAUGCCAUGCUGGGGUGCAAUCAGCAGAGACUCUGACACUUUCUUUUGCACCAUGUUGAAUAAAUCUCAUGAAUCUGUCCUGACUGAGAUAUAUUUAUACUUCUGUUUGUGUUUCAUGUCAGUGUAAACGAACAAAACGAGAGACCUUCACACACGUGAGAGUCUAAACUUAACUUCAGAUGUGAAUACUUCUGCAGUCGUUGAACUUGGUGUCGUCUUUAAUGUUAGAAAAAUGCUUUUUCUGCCAGAAAUCGUUGUUAUACAUUUCUUAUAUGAAUAUUUGUAUAUAAACCCUGUGCUUUGGUUAACACCACUUUUCCACUGAGGUAUCUUUUAUUCGAGGAGUGUUUAAAAACAAUAUCUGACCCUGUUUGUAUUUCUUAAAUGUUUGACUCAGUAUGAACGCUAAUACAGAUUGUGAUAAUCACUGA